GAUCCCCAAGUAGUCCGGUGGCGUCGGAUAUUCACAUGGGCAAAGCUUCAUAACGCCCAGUAUUAAAUUGGUUGAUUCAAACUCAUGAGGUAAGAACCCAUCCUCUGCAGACUACUACAACACACGCUUAAUUUAGGUGCAUGUUUACAAUAAAUUGAGGUGGAAGAAGCGUGACUCUCCCACUCCCAUAGAAGCAAAAUGGGAUUCAUUACUCAUUUUUCAUCCGUCUCUCAGGGAGGGUGUCUUUUUGUCUUGAAGCUAUAUAUAGACUCACCUCCAGACCCUUUGUUACCCAGCAACCACCUCAAGGAGAAACCUGGCUGGCAGAGCGAUGAAACGAUGGAGUCUCAAGUAGUGGUAUGCUAUCCUUUCUUGAGGAACUUAGACAAAUUCCUCAUUAAACAGUGGAAGUGGAACCACUGCAUCGGUUUAGACAAGCCAUUAAAAUAACUGGUCUCAGGCACAUACUAAUACCAUCCUUCGUUGUGAACAUCAUACAUAAAAAAAACCAGAAGAAGAAAGAUCAUACUGUAAACACAGAUUGCAGCCUUACAAACUCAAAUUUCAUCACCCCAAAAUUUUUGCAUAUAAAAGAGAGGGGGAAGGGGGCGGGGGUGGGUGGAAAGCCUGCUUUUUUCUGCUAAACAGCUUUUGCAGAAUUUAAAACAAUCAUAGUCUCACUCACAUCAUCUGAAGUUAAAUAGUUAUGCUACCUUUCUUAAGUUACCACAGUGAAAUGUUCACGAAAUCAAUUACCAUUGCGAAGGAAAUAGAAUAAAUAUACAUGAGGAGAAUGUGAGGAAGUACAAGACCCCUUACAGCAAGGAAAAGCUAGUGUGGAUGCAACACCUUGUUAAUUUUUCCAAAUUAUUUACUUCAUUUGAUCGGGUGGUACUGAUCAGAAACCCGUCUGGGAGGCAGUUUUCGCAGGAUGAAGAGCACCAGGGCAGACGGAAUAAUUUCUGCCAACUGUUAAUCAAAAACCAAAAUGAUUAAACAAGUGAUAUUAGAAUGAAUAGCUCUAAGGUAAAAAUAGAAUCUAGUGUUAAUUAACAGCCAACCACAUA